UGAGUCACCGCGUCUCCUCUCGGGACCGGCUCGUUCCAGGACUCAUGUCCUUUUCUUUCAUCCCCGCAGCAUAAACAAGUGUUAUAAAAAUAUCUCGAAUUAGUAAAUUCCCCCCACCCCCAUGAUCGGUUCUAACUUCGUGAGUCACUGGUAAUUUUCAAUCCUACAGUGGAUUUGCGCGGAAAACUAUGUGAGGUUGCGAUCUCAAGUGUAAAAAAAUAGAUCUCCAUGCUGGUUUGGUUCUGGCGGGAAGUGUUUGAAUAUGCGGGAACGAGUGGAUUUGAACAAGUUGGAAACUGUGUUCUAUUUCGUCGCUUGGAGUGGAGGGAUAUUUUACGGGCUGUAUCAACUGUUUCUGGCUGGAGUUUAUUUCGAAGAUUAUGACGAUGCGUUUAACGACUUCGCCCCCGGAUGGUCCUGGGUGGGACGUAAACGCGACAUAUCUGACAUUGAGUGGUCCCUCUGGAUUCCCUUCAUGUACCAACUGAUCCCCUGGGUGACAAUUCACCUGGCGUUCUCUCAGUACCUGAAGUGGUCGGAAUGCAGCAGCACGACAAUCUGCUGCUGGUACAUCGCGAUAUCAGUGGCAUUUCUAUGUCACUAUGUUGGCGUGGUGGCUAUGAUAUUCCUCCUCACCCAGCCCUGCAUCGCGUGUCUGUUGACGUCGUUCAGGAGUAAGAGAAUAGCGUAUGUCAUUCACUUCACUACUCUAGGAGUCAUUCAGCUGAGUUCUACCUUGGAGAUUGUCACCCAGGAUUGGCUGAUGCUGAAGGAGAACGUCUACCACAUGAUUGUUAUCGCAGUUUGUUGGAUGCAGCUGAGGACCAUCAGCUGUAGCAUCGAUAACAUCACUGACUAUAAGCACCGGAGUCUUGUGGGAUUUCUGAAGAAUUUUAUUCAGAGCACUGCUUAUUGUUUGUACCUUCCUACGUUGUUUCUGGGACCAUUUAUACUUUAUAGCGAUUUUAUCAAAGGGAUAGAAGGGCCUUUUAAACCAUGGACAUUCCGACGCUUUAGUAUUUUUAUAUUAAACAUAGCACGUUUUACCUUCUGGAUAUUCUUCACUGAGUGGAGCAUGCAUUUUGUCUACUGCAAUGCUCUCCAGUAUCACCCGGAGUUCGUAGCACAAUUGGAUCCUUGGGCUUUUUAUGCAAUGGGUUACGCCAUGGGACAGUAUUUCCUGAACAAAUACGUCGUUUUUUAUGGAACUUGCGGGGAACUUAGCAGAGCUGAUGAUAUCAAUGCUCCACCACCUCCAAAGUGUAUUGGGAGAAUUCAUCUGUACUCUGAGAUGUGGAAGCACUUCGAUAGGGGGUUGUAUCAAUUUCUCAUCAGAUACAUCUACGUGCCAAUUGCAUCGAUGGAAAUUCCACUAAAGAAGAUCCUGGCGUCAUUCAUAUCCUUCGGAUUUGUAUUUCUGUGGCAUGGAGUUCAGUUAUUCAUUUUCACCUGGUCUUUCCUGAAUUUCCUCGGCCUCAUCAUUGAAGGAAUCGCCAGAUCCAUUGGGAACACCCCAGGAUUCGUGGAGUGGGAGGAGAAGUGGUUGACGACAAAGAAUGUUCGAAGGUUCCACUGCAUGCUUGCAAGCCCCUUGCUGGCCCUCUCCGCAAUAUCUAAUUUUUAUUUCUUCGCUGGCCAGGAUAUUGGAAAUAUUUUUAUAUACAGAAUUUUUCAUGACUCACCGAAGGCAGUAGGUAUCCUCUUGUUCCUCCUCUACUGCUGCUGUCAAGUCUCCACAGAAAUGAAAAAUCACGAGAUGCGAAAAGAAACGAAAACCGAUUACGAUGACGUCGAAAAAAGAAUGUGAAGAAUGUAAUAAAAACUGAAUUUUAUUAUUGUAUGGUUGAUAAUAUAAACUUGAC